ACUUCCCUAAUAGAACCGAAAGCAAAUGGAAAGAGUCCGACCCGUUUAACCACCCAGCAGAAACUCGUCUUCUUCAAACAAACAAACAAAGAAUUUACAGAGUUUUCUCUCCAUCAAUGUGCAUUUCAUAAUUUUGGUCUCUGCUCUUUUCACUUCAACAAUACCAACCAAUCAAACCCAAUCAUGGCAGAUUCGACGGGUACGACGUUAAUGGAUCUGAUAACAUCAGACCCAUCAUCCACCUCCUCCACUUCAUCACAGUCGACGCCUGCUGCACCACCACCCUCACUACCUUCACAGACGGCAACUGUGGCGGCUUCCGCAUCGACGGAUCGGAAGAAGAAGGGCACACUGAUGCAGAUCCAAAGUGAUACCAUUUCUGCUGCUAAGGCUGUUCGUGCCAACAUUAUGCCUCAGAAACAAAAGAAAAAGCCAGUUUCUUAUGCGCAACUUGCAAGGAGUAUCCACGAGCUAGCAGCAACGUCUGAUCAGAAAAGUUCUCAGAGGCAGUUGGUUCAUCAUGUGUUCCCCAAACUGGCCGUAUACAAUUCUGUUGACCCUUCUUUAGCGCCAUCUCUUCUUAUGGUAUGGCUUACGACUUCUAUAAUCUCGUUUCUGCAUUUCAUUGGCUAUUUCUUCCCAGAGAAAAAGAAGCUCUAGAAAGAACUUUUAGCG